GGAAAGUGGCCGCUAAAAUUAGCAUUCGGAAAUCACAGAUUCAUUGGUCGACGAGGAUGUCCGCAGACGGUGCAUUGCGACAACGCGACGAACUUCGUCGGAGCGAGUCGCCACUUCCUGGCUCUUCGCGAUCGGAUCGAGGAGCAGGCGGACGCAAUUCGCGAGUUCGCAUUAAAAAGCGGAUGCGAAUUGGCGUUCACACCCCCUCGGGCUCCGCACAUGGGCGGACUAUGGGAGGCAGGUGUGAGAACUGCAAAGCACCUACUCCUACGAGCGGUGGGCAGCGCACUUCUCAACGCCGAAGAGGUGGCAACAGUCCUCGUCGGGAUCGAGGCCACGAUGAACUUGCGGCCCCUCGGAGCGCUCAGCCAGGACCCAAGCGACGGAGAGGCGCUAACUCCCGGGCACCUGCUGACAGGCGGGCCGCUCAUCGCAGCACCAGCACUCCGGACCCCGGACCAGGCGGGUCUCAGUUGCUUGCGGCGAUGGCGGCUUGUCUCGUCAGUCAGGCAAACGUUCUGGCGUCGAUGGUCCCGGGAAUAUGUCCUGGGCCUUCAGGUUCGGGGCAAGUGGCACAAGGAGAAGGCCAACGUCGAGGAGGGCCAACUCGUCGUCGUGGCAGAGGACAACCUGCUGCCUCAACAGUGGCUCCUGGGAAGGAUCGUCGCGACGCACGCAGGAGAGGACGGCAAGGUCAGGGCGUCGACCUUAGGAGGAGUGAUGGAGCCAUCUUCCGGAGGGCGAUCCACAAGCUGGCGCCGCUGCCGAUUUGUUGAAGCCGUGGAGACGUUCAACGGAGCCGGUGUUGGCGGAAAAUAUGAGUUCGGUUAUUGUUUAUUGUUGGAUUGUGAAGGAGAAAAAAUCUGAAGUCUAGUGUAAGUUAGUUUAGGGCGAAGGCGGGAGCAUAAUAAAGUUCUCUCUCGCUCUUUGCAAAU